CUCCCUGCUGAUCUUUCGCUGCCGACUUUUUGUUUUUUGUUUUCGUCCGAUCCCAUCGCUGAGGACGAUCAGUGGAGAUAUCAUUGUUAAAGGUGUCCUUCCUGACGUAGCUGGAGCAGUUUGGGCUCAACGAUCCACAGCAGGGACCCGACACGAGGGGCUGAAAGUCAUCGAGUCAGUCGAAUAUAAAGUUUCCAGAACAAAAUAAAGACAAAGAUGGCCCCAACACUGUACGAUGAGAAACCAGAGGUUGGGGACCUGAUUGAGAUCUUUCGCGGCAGCUAUCAGCACUGGGCCGUGUAUAUUGGCGAUGGCUUUGUUGUUCACUUGGCACCACCCUCUGAGGUCCCGGGUGCCGGUGCCAACAGUAUGAUGUCUGUUCUGACUGAGAAGGCCCUGGUGAAGAAAGAGGAGCUGUGGGACGUAGUUGGAACACACCAGUGGAAAAUCAACAACAGCCUGGACAAUAAGUACAGACCCCGGCCGGCGCAUGUCAUCGUGAGAGAGGCCUGCGCCGUGGUGGGCGAGGAGCUGCCGUACUGCGUCUUCAGGGGAAACUGUGAACAUUUUGCCAAUGAGCUGCGCUACGGCAAGGCGGAGUCCCGGCAGGUGCAAAAGGCAGGAGAAGUGGCUAUGGUCGCAGGCGUGGCGACACUCGUCGGUGUGGGCGUCUUUGCUCUGGCUAGCGCUCUGUUCGGAGGCAAAAAAAAAGAAGACAAAGCCACACACUGAUCCGAAGCCCAGCGUCACCUCCUCAGAGAAACUUAUCUACCAGAUCAUCAGCAAAGUGUCACUGAUACCACUGCCUAAAUAACUGACAAAUACCUACAACCCAGCACAAAUGUGGCCAUGUUUACCUUCAUCUGUCUUUAGCUGGGUGAUUUAGGACAAAGUCAUUCUAUUUUCAGAGAACAAAAGUCAGAUUGUCAAAUACUUUUUUCUAUAAAAGUGCCAAGUUCAAAUGUUUGAGUCUGAAAUUCAGAUGGUGGCUGAUAAUGUAUUUUAGAUUGUGAAAGAAGUUUUCUAUAUGCAAAACCUUCAUGUGAUAAACAUGUGUAUGAAGUAUAUAUAAGUAGAAUUUUUUCCUUGAUUAAUGAAAUUUUUUUCUUUAAUCAAAUAACUCAAAGGAUCAGUAUAUGAGAUAUCAACUAACUGUUCCGAACAAACUAAUGAUCCAUUAUUUGUUGGGUGUUGUUUGUACAGCUCACUGGAAUGUGAAGUCAAAGCAUCUCAUCUUCUACUGACGUUAAUAAGAUGCUUUAUGUUUGAAAUAGUUUUAAAUAAAGAGAAAUUUAUUUAAAUUU